UUGCGGAUUCCGCAGUCUUAACAACAAUGCCCUUUCAAUCGUUUGCAAAUAUAGCGACUGGUGGGGCCUUCCGCUAAAUUCCCGCAAAAGAGAUGAAUUAAGUUUGCGGGAAGCUUGCAGAAAAUGUGGAUGCUUGUGCCUGGAGGUCGGAGGUGGCGCUGGGGGCACUGCGGCAGCGGGUCCACCUGCCGCACCACAAGGACUCAGACAAAGCAGCGGCGUUCAUUCAGGAACUGCGGAAGCUGAGGCUCCAAAUAGCCAAUUUAGAAAAGGAUAAGAAUGUUUAUCUUUUCAAUAAAAGGAAUGAGAGAGCAGAAUAUAGCACUCUUGAAGAGCUGGAACUGAAGAUGACAAAUAACAGGAAAACAGAACAGAUGAAAGUUCAACAGCAACUUGCAAAAAUACAUCAUAAUGUGAAGAGAUUCCAGGGACAGCUAAAAGACGUCAAGCCUACUCCAGAAUUUAUAGAAAAAUUGAGGGAAGUAAUGGAAGAAGUUGAAGAUGCAAUUAAUGUCUUCAAAGAAGAACAACGACAGCUAUAUGAAAACCUUCUGAAAGAAGAAAAAGUUGUUACUCAGGAAAUUUCAGCUGUGGAAAAGAAAAUGGAAAUAUGGGCCCGCAAUCUAAUUGUGAUUCCCAAAACUGCCUCAGCAAAAGGAUCAUCAAUAAAACCAGACAACGUGCUGGUAGAAAUUGCAGAGUUUGAAAAGUUCCUUCAGCAGACAGGACGCCAAGGUGGCUGGGAUGAUUUUGAUCAUAAGAACUUUCUCAAAGUAUGGAUAAAACACAAAGGGAAGCCUUCUUUUAUUGAUGAAGCUCUGCAGUAUUUGGUUGGAAGGACUCAAGAGGACAUAGUUCAACAUGAACAAUGGUAUCAAGAGUUUCUCUUUCUUGAAAAGAGGCAGAAAGAGGCUAUUCAGAAGUGGAAAACAGAGAAGCAACAAGAAAAAGUAAAGCUGAUGAGGAUGCAAGCACAAAGUGAAGCUGAACUAGAUGCCAAACAACAGGCAAAAGAAGAGGCUAAACGACUAAGGGUUGAGAAGGAGAGAAAAGAAAGAAAUUUCCAGCUCCAGUUGUGGAAGAAAGAAAAGGAACUGGAGUUUGCUCAAGAGAAAGAAAAACAAAUGAAGGAAGAAGCAGAGAAAAUGAAAAGGCAAAGAAAAGAAAACCAAAGACGGCUCAAAGUGAAAAAAAUACUUGAAGAUUAUGCUAAGCAAAAGAAGGAGGAAGAGGAGUUUCUGCAACUGGAGUCCCAAAUGAGGGAGCAAGCUGAAAGAGAAGAAAAACAACGGCUUGUGGCAAGAGAAAUUUCCAGGUUUCAAGAGAGAGAUUUUCACAAAUUGGAGUUCAAAUUAUCAGAGAAGCAAAUGAAGAACGAGAUGAGGGAUGAGCGAGAGAAGAGAUUUGCCAAGCUUAAAGAGAAGGUUGAAGCUCAAAUACAGCGUGAUCCAUCUAGACUUUUCAAACCAACCAAAGGUUGGGAGGAACACACAAAAGAUGUCGGGAAAAGUGAUGGUGGGCCUAUGCUGUAUCUUCCUCACCGAGCUAUUCCUAGUUGGCGGAAGGGGAUAUAAAAGUAUUGUUUUUCAAGUAAUUGGACUGUUCAGUAGUAGUAAUUGUAUGUAAUUUUCAUUAUUAAAUAAAU